UUCUCCUCCACCACGCCACAUGUACUCCCUGAAGCUUCCUCCAACUCUGUAACGUGGCUCUCCGACAGUAAGGUAUUCUUCAUGCAAAGAUGAGGGAGGCUUCUUCAAUGUAACCAAACAAAAAAACGAUAUUUUUGCUACGAGGUGGAAAGAGCUUUCAAUGACCCUCUGAAACUUCCUAUAUUCAGCAACGUGGUGCCCUUGUGUAUCCAAACUUCUUAUUACCUUUUGCAACGUGUUCCUUUCUUUCUGCAACGUGGGUUUGAACUUUGAAACAGUCUUCCAUUUGCUAUUCUUGUGCCAUGAAAAGAGCUCCCUGCAACCAGAAAACCCUACCUUUCUUUUGCUACGUGGAUGGGGAACCAUAGAGAUUCUUUCCUGUCCAUAAUCAGAAACCCAGUGGCCUGAUUUACCAAUACCGAAGAAUAGCGGCUCAUAAAAUCUCCCAUAAAGCUUCUGUCAAGCCAUCAAUGGAUAUAACCUUUAGAGAAAAAAUGUGGACUAGUCUAAAGGUCGAUUAUAAAAGCUUAUAUUUCUAAUAAGAGUAACUUCUUAAAAGCAAUCAAAAUCCAUGAAAAUGGAAGUUUCCAAUUGUAUCUAUCAGAUCUUGCAUUCAUCGAAGUUUUGAUAUUCAUGGCUAUGGUUUUUAGGAUUUCACAAAAAGAAAAGAUUAACUCGCAACACACGAUCAGAAAAAAAAUUCAGUUUUUCUGUUUACAAUUGAUGGCAACCUCACAGUUUAACAUGCAAGAUAGAAUGGCAAUGGCGGCUUCAACCAUUAAAAUAGCUUGCUUGGCUUUGUUGCUGAUUUUGCUUUUUGUCAGAGAAUUCAAGGAAGAGAUCAGAGGUGCAGUUGCAGUCAACAAGAAAAGUAAAAAUAUGGAGUUUCUUGUGAUGAACUCAAUGGAUUCUUGGGCUUGCAUAUGUUGCUCUGUUUCAGAUGGGUUUGAACAAAAAUGUUGUAUGAAAUGUUUUGGAAUUGCAGACACAACGCCAUCUUCAAACAUGGUACAGAUUUGAGAUACCUGUAAUUGAUUCAGAUAAAAAAGUAUGUUGGAGUUUGUUAAAAGAAAUAAGAUGAAAGUACAGACAGAUAUGUUAUGUUUUUGAUUAAAAAAACAGUGUCAAUCACGGCGCUGCUCUUAACAUAGUCAGAUAUGUUAUGUUGUAUUG